GUAUCCUCUGGCGGUCAUUUUCCAUACUACUUCUUUUUUAAUCGUGUUCGGUGAAGGUGAAGUGUUCAUCUGUAAACACUAAAUAAAUCCUAGCCAUGGUACGAAUGAACGUAUUGAGCGAUGCUCUGAAAUCUAUUAAUAAUGCAGAAAAACGGGGAAAGAGGCAGGUUCUCAUCAGGCCGUCAUCAAAAGUAGUUGUAAAGUUUUUAACAGUAAUGAUGAAACAUGGUUACAUUGGAGAAUUCGAAAUUGUAGAUGACCAUAGGAGUGGAAAAAUAGUAGUUAAUCUGACUGGAAGAUUAAAUAAAUGUGGAGUGAUUUCACCCAGAUUUGAUGUGCCUAUUACACAUAUUGAAAAAUGGACAAAUAACUUACUUCCUUCUCGUCAAUUUGGUUAUGUUGUAUUGACCACCAGUGGGGGUAUUAUGGAUCACGAAGAAGCCAGAAGGAAACAUCUGGGAGGGAAAAUUCUUGGAUUUUUCUUCUAAAAUUAGAUUUAUAAUUUAAUAAAUUUUGUUUAUACAACAUGUGAUUUUUCGUCAUUUGACACCCAAGAAAUUUUAUAAAUUGGUAGGACUUUCCAAUUUUUUAAGGACAUCGGUAACUGUGUGUAUAACUUAAACAUAUGAGAAUCAACUAACAAAGAGUGAUUAUUAGUAUAAAAAAUAAAGCAUUUCUAGUUUAUGUUUAUUAAGUUGGUAUACUAAUUAGU